AUGGCGUGUGAAACAUGUAGCAAAGAGGAAGCUAAGUACAGAUGUCCACGAUGUAUGAAAUAUUCGUGCAGUCUAUUGUGUGUAAAGAAGCAUAAGCUUGCACUGAGCUGUAAUGGAGUCAGGGAUAAAACAGCAUUUGUUGCUGUAAAUGACUUUACUGACUUGAACCUUCUGAGUGAUUAUCGUUUCCUGGAAGAUGUAGGAAGGACAGCUGAUGCUGCUGCUCGUCAUCCUACUGUGCAUAGUCCAACAACAAAAAAACUUUUAUAUGGCUUGAGAAACAAAGCCCGAAGAUGUAAUAUUGACCUGAGAACUCUGCCCAUUGGAUUUACAAAAAGAAGAGAAAAUUCAACCACCUUCAAUUGCAUGGAGAAAAAGUUCUAUUGGCAUUUGAAGCUUGUAUUUCCUCACUGUCAUGCUGAAUACACUUUAAAAAGGGUGCCUGACGAUAAAACACUUGCUGAUAUCCUUAAGCCGUACAUUGAUCCAGUGGAGGCAGAUCCUGUAGUCUGUCAAAGAUUAAAAAUCUAUACAAUGUCUCCUCAGUCAGAUGUACAAAUUUUAAUGAAAAUAGAAAACAGGAAACAAAAUUCUGUCAGGUACAAUGAGUUGGAUGCCAGUAGAAGCCUCCUAGACAAUUUGAAAGGCAAAGUAAUAAUUGAGUAUCCAACGUUAUUUGUGGUCUUGAAAACACUGAAGAAUGACAUGGUGGUUCUUGGCCAGGAUGCCAGUGAACCUGCGAAGAACUCGGACAGUGAAAGUUCAUCCUUUUCAUCUGUGGAAGAAGGGGAAAUUCGUGACAGUUCAUGA